AUGCCGGUGAUACAAUAUAUAAGAGCCUCCGUAUCCAGUCCAGUCAACCAGUAUGCCAGAAUCCUGUUCAGUAGUAAUACGGGCUACUGUGUAAUGGAGCUAUCCAAGGAAUCUUGUGGUGAUGAUAUUAGCGAUAUCAGUGAGGGAGCCGAAGAGAAGAAGAUAAAAGAGAAAAAAGAUACUACUUCAACUAGCAAGUCUAUUAUUGUUAAAAUAGAAAACCAUAUCCAUUCCAAUGAUGAAAAUGUGGCUUUGAGAAAGUUGGUUAAUAUAACGCCUGAGACUAUAUCAAAAAAACAACGUUAUUGUUAUUAUUCGUCCAAUAUGUCACCUGUAGAGUUCACAUCUGAAAAUCCAUAUUGUCGUUUCAAAGUAGUUUGCUAUACAAAAAUUCCCAAUUAUCGUAAUGAAGAUGGUAUUGUGCAAAUUAUAAUUGGAAGGGGCCUUUCAGAAGUGGAGAGAGAUUCAACGUGCAUCUACCACCAUAGUCAUAUGUUAAGAGCAUCAUACAAUUCAAUUUUUAAGAUUAUUCCAAUGUUGACUUUAACUGAACAACAAAUGAAGAAAUAUCUUGAUACACCGCAAAGAGGAAUUGAUCCAGCAUUGUGGGAACUGGGCAAGCAAAAAAAUCCUGACCCAAAGAAAUUGAUACCUGUUGUAAAAGUGGGAUUUCAGGAAUUACAGAAACAGUUCAAGUAUCAAGAAGAAUAUGGUAAUAAAAUUCAUAAUAGUAUGAAGAAUAUUAUGGAUGAUAUAAGACAAUUAAGUUGUAUGCAGACGACAAUUAAAGUUACCAUUCAGAAUUUUAAGUUGAAACAGACAAAUAUAAUGCGCCGAGUUCUAAAAUUGGUGUCAGCACAAGAGGUUGAAAGGAAAAAAAAUCUACCACUAGAAGAAAUAGAGGAUCAGAUUCGACUGCGAUUAGAAAACUUGUAUAUGCAGCUGCAGGACCUCAAGGGAUGUUUGAAUGAACUAAUGGCUCAGUCUAUAAAGCCUGGUAGUUUUCCGCGAGCCCAACGGUAUGGACUGGUUGUUGACAAAGUGCAGGAUAUAUUACAAUACCUAAAAUGGCAGCAGGAUGCACUUCAGGCUAUAGUUAACAUACUUAAGGAAGAUAUACAAGUGGUCGUUAACAUAAAGAAGAACAUCAGCUAAGUUUUGAGAGUUAAGGAAAUUGGCUAACCGUCAACCAACUUCCCCAAACCACAUUCAAACAUUGGUAAUUAACCCUAUCAUUGUUUAACACCUCCCUCCACCCUUUCAGGGAGGGUAUGAUGCUACACUGAAUUUUUUUUUGUUCGUAACUAGCAACACACAUUGAACUGAUGAUAUUUCACUCUCUCAGGGAGGGUAUGAUGCUACACUGAUUUUUUGUUUGUAACCCGCAACACACACAUUGAA